AUGGCGGCGAUGCCAAUCGUCUUCUCCGAGCUCUACCUCGUCGCCAAGUUCUUCCUCAACCUCCUCCUCCUCAAACUCACCACCGUCCUCCGCUCCCGCUCCUCCACCACCACCACCACCUCCGCCUCCCCCUCCUCCGCCUCCACCGACGACGACGACCGCCGCCGCCGCCUCAUCGACGAGAAGUACCCUCAUUACCACUACCACGCGCCGCCGCCGCCGGGAGAGGACUGCGCCGUGUGCCUCUGCGAGCUCGAGAAAGGCGACGCCGUCAGGGAGCUGGGGUGCCGGCACACGUUCCACAAGGACUGCGUCGACACGUGGCUCGCAUUGGAAGCACGGAAGAAGAGAGCCAAAGGGUCGCCGCCGACGGCGGCGACGAUGACGUGCCCGCUCUGCCGGACAGGAGUCUUGCAGACGCGGCGCGUGGGGACCAGUUUCCUCGGUGGCGGUGGUUAUGGGUACGAUGACGACAGCUUGGAGUGGGGACAGCAGCAGCUCGCUUUAUUGCUCUGCUCGUUACGCGGUGACCACCGCCAGAUUAUUAAUUAA